AUGCCAAACUCGCGGCUCAGGCCCCGCCGAAGCGCCGGGAGUGGCGGCGGGGCGGCCGGCCGGGACGAGCUGGUGUCGCGGUCCUUGCAGAGCGCAGAGCACUGCCUGGGCGCCCAGGACUUCGGCACCGCCUAUGCUCACUACCUCCUCGUGCUCAGCCUGGCGCCGGAGCUCAAAGACGACGUGAAGGAAACUUUUCAGUAUACGCUAUUCAAAUGGGCUGAAGAGCUUGAUGCGCUUGGUCGAAUUCCAGACUUGCUUGGUUGCUAUGAGCAGGCCUUGGAACUAUUUCCUGAUGAUGAAGUGAUUUGCAAUAGCAUGGGGGAACAUCUCUUCAGAAUGGGCUUUAGAGAUGAAGCGGCUGGGUAUUUUCAUAAAGCAGUGAAGCUCAACCCUGAUUUCAAUGACGCAAAGGAGAAUUUUUAUCGUGUUGCAAACUGGUUGGUAGAGCGUUGGCACUUCAUCAUGCUGAAUGAUAUCAGGAGGAAUAGGAUUUAUAAUGCAGCAAUCCAAAAGGCGGUUCGUUCAGGAUACAAAAGUGUUUUGGACAUUGGGACAGGAACUGGAAUACUAAGCAUAUUUGCUAAAAAAGCUGGAGCACACUCGGUGUAUGCCUGUGAGUUAUCCAAGACCAUGUAUGAACUUGCCUGUGACGUAGUGGCAGCAAACAAGAUGGAAGCAGGGAUCAAACUCUUACAUAUGAAGUCGCUGGACAUAGAAAUUCCAAAACACAUUCCUGAAAGAGUGUCCCUAGUUGUAACAGAAACUGUCGAUGCAGGUUUAUUUGGAGAAGGAAUUGUGGAGAGUUUGAUUCAUGCAUGGGACUCUUUACUUUUGCAGCCAAAGAUGCAGGGUGAUGAUGGCAGUUGUGAAAAGUACGGGAAAGUUAUACCAGCAAGUGCCGUUAUAUUUGGGGUGGUGGUGGAAUGUGCAGAGAUACGAAGACAUCAUAGGGUGGGUAUUAAGGACAUUGCUGGUAUCCAUUUGCCAACAAGUGUGAAAUUUCAGAGUCCAGCAUAUUGUCCUUUAGAUUCUGAAGAAGCACUUGAACCUUAUACAACUGAAAAGAUGAGUCGAGUUCCUGGGGGAUAUUUGGCUCUGACUGAACACUUUGAAAUUAUGACAGUAGAUUUCAACAAUCUUCAGGAGUUAAAAAGUCUUGCAACUAAAAAACCUGAGAAGAUUGGUAUUCCUGUUAGUAAAGAAGGCACGCUAGAUGCUGUUGUGGUGUGGUUUGUACUCCAGCUUGAUGAUGAACAUAGUUUAUCCACAAGCCCUAGUGAGGAAACGUGUUGGGAACAGGCUGUCUACCCUGUACAGGACCUUGCAGACUACAGGAUAAAGCCUGGGGACCAUGUGACGAUGGAAGUGUCUUGUCAGGACUGUUACUUAAGAAUCCAGAGUAUCCAGGUCUUGGGUUUGGAACAUGAAAUGGAUGUUGUGAAAAGUUUUACCAAGAAUGAAGAGUCACCAUCUUUAGGAAAUGAGGCUGAACUCUGUAGUGCCCUGGCUAACCUUCAGACCAGCAAACCAGAUUCUGUAGAGCAGACGUGUGUAUUGGAGUCCACAGAAAUAGCUUUGCUUAAUAACAUCCCGUAUCAUGAAGGCUUUAAAACGGCAAUGAGGAAAGUUUUGUCCGCGCUGACUCCGGAGAAACUGUUGCAGGCUGUGGGUAUUCGGUGUCAGAGUGAGGAGGUGAAGUCUGGAAGCGGACAGAAUGAGAAUUCUCUGCAGAGCGCCCGUGACCCUUACUAUGUGUUAGAUGUGUCUGAAGGCUUUUCUAUUCUGCCGAUAAUUGCUGGCUCACUUGGGCAGGUUAAACCUUACAGUUCUGUGGAGAAAGACCAGCAUCGCAUUGCUCUAGACCUCAUUUCCGAGGCCAAUCACUUUCCUAAGGAAACGCUUGAGUUUUGGCUGAGACACGUGGAGGAUGAGUCUGCGAUGUUGCAGAGGCCAAAAUCAGACAAGUUGUGGAGCAUAAUCAUAUUGGAUGUCAUUGAACCAUCUGGGCUCAUUCAGCAGGAAAUAAUGGAAAAAGCGGCAAUAUCCAGGUGUUUGCUGCAGUCUGGAGGCAAGAUCUUUCCUCAGUAUGUGGUGAUGUUGGGGUUACUUGUAGAGUCACAGAUACUGGUAGAAGAGAGUGCUGUUCAAGGAACAGAAUGUACUCUUGGAGUAAAUAUAGCACCUUUCAUUAACCAGUUUCAGGUACCUAUACGUGUGUUUUUGGACCUGUCCUCAUUGCCCUGUAUUCCUUUAAGCGAGCCUGUGGAACUGUUAAGACUAGAUUUAAUGACUCCAUAUUUGAACACCUCCAGCAGAGAAGUAAAGGUACACAUUUGUAAAUCUGGACAAGUGACUGCCAUUCCAUUUUGGUAUCAUGUGUAUCUUGACGAAGAGAUUAGGUUGGAUACAUCAAGUGAAGCCUCACACUGGAAACAAGCUGCGGUUGUAUUAGAUAAUCCCAUCCAGGUUGAAAUGGGAGAGGAACUUGUACUCAGUGUCCAGCACCACAAAAGUAAUGUCAGCAUCAUGGUAAAGCAGUGAAGAGUAGUUUAAUGAAAACUGUUUAGGGAAAGCAGCAAAUAAAAAUUCUCAUGGUCUGAAUUAAUGGAGUCAUAAUCAUAAAAUGAGGUAUAAAAAUUUCAUCCCUUUUAACAGCCAAAUAUUUUAAAAAACUGACAUUAAUAAAACUUAUUUAAAAGAUCCUAGAUUAAAGGACAGCAUUAUUAUAAAGAUAUUGCUACAGGCUUACUUUUUGCAAAAGACUCUGUCAUUAUCUGUUUUUCAAAUUAGGAAACUUCAUUUUUAUUGCUUGAUUUUACUGUAGAUUAAAUUCUGUUAAACACUUGUCUUUACACUCUAAAGCUAUAAAGAUAAGGGAUUUUUAUAGUCUCUCUUAAUGUCAUGUAUCAGUACGUAAAGCAAAACUUUCAUUUUUUUAGGCAUCUUGGCUUUUUUUUCUGAAACCCAAAUUUAUAACUGGGAAACAUCAAAAAGUAGGCUUCCAUUGAGGACCAAGCUUGCUUGUAAAUUCUAAGCUUGCUUCCUUUUACUACUCAGUAUACUUCUAAGAUACGUCCUCAGGUUUUGUGUUUGGGGAAUGCAAACCUGAAUAAGAAUUUAAGUUAUAAGCUAAAUGUAACUAAGAGAGUUAAAGGAGUUAGUGAAGAAAUAAAUCUUUAGGAAGCAGCAUUUUCCUAGUCUACUUUGAAAGAGCUGAUGACAAAACAAUUAAAUUCAAAAAGUCAAUCCUUUAUUUAUUUCAUACAUUAUAAUAUAUAAUUGGUCCAGUUUUUACAGACUUUUGAAAUAAGAUUCGUGCCAUGCCUCAUAUAUGCUGUGUGCUUUUUGUAAGUCAGCCACAAAGAAAAUAAGAUGUACUGUCUCUCCAGACUGUCUAGUCUUCAUAACCUCCAACAUUAGAGUACUCAGCCUUACUUUCAUUAGAAAUGUUUAGUUUAUAAUGAAUAGACAGAAUAAAGACUUUGUACCUUAAUUACUGUGAAUGUGUGUGUAUAAAGCGAAAGCUUUGAGAAGCAAUGCAUAUCCUUGAUACUGGUGACAUAACUUCUCUGGUACUUUCUAUAUUGUAUUUUCAUUAUAAAAUGUUAAAGAUGAUGCAGUGAUCAGCAAUAAAAGAAACACCAUCUUAAGUGAUAAUUCUCUUCCAAAUAGCACCUAUGUGUCUUCUGGCUGUGGUUUAAUAGUUGUGAAGAAUUAAGAAGAAGAAUGCUCAGCCAAGAUUUACGUUUGUUGCUGUCUUUAAUAGCAUGGAGUGAGAACAGACUACAUUUCUAUCACAAGUUUCUUAUUCUUUAGGUCUUCUAUCCAGUUUAUUCUUUUCAUCUCAAAGCUAUGGGUAGGUAAUUAGUCUAUGAACAGUGUUGCAAAUAGGAUUUUUAGAUACGUAGGUGUUUUAAUAUGAAUAAGUUUAGCUCCUAGAUAUUUCUCCUAAUAGAAUGAAUAUAAGAUAUAUGCAUAAGAUAAAUUUUAUCAUAGUUAUGUAACUUUUAAAUCCUCCUCUCUCUUUUUUAACUUCUUUUUGUUGUGCCUCUAAUCAAGAAAUUUUGGUUAAAGCAUUAUGGGCUUUAUGUAUUAAAGAAUGAGAGACAUAAAAGGUUGCAGAAAAUAAAUCAUAAAUUCUCAUUUAUUCAAAGACAUCCAGUUGAGAAAUAGAGAAAUAAUUGUUAGCUUUUAUGGCACAUGAUUAUGAUGUAGUCCCACUAAUUCACGUUUCUGAAGUACGCCUCCUGCUAAUCCCAAAGCAUUAUAUUCAUGCAGCAGUGGUAGAAAGCCGUGAGACUUUUCUGUCCGUCCUCGUGAUAAAGCAGUAUGACAUCAGGAACAUUUAGUUGGAAUCAUUUGCUACCAUGUGAGUAUGUAAUACUCUGUUUGUUCAAGAGAUCAAGUCUAAGUCUAGGAAAUUUAGACUGAUAUACAAAACAUAAUUAUGUAAGUUCAGUAGUUGUACCUGGCUUUCACUUGUCUUCAUGUUGAAAUUUUCUAUUAUUUUAUGGCUUCUCCCAAGCACAAAAUCCUGAGCAAUGGGAUACCAGGUAAUGAAAUAGCAUGGCAGUAGCACACUUUGCUUGUACACCUUGUUCAAGAGGCCACAAAUUUAUCUGAAAGUUCUUUUUUCUCUCCUGUAGUGUCAUUAAACAUUUCAUCAGGUAUCUUAGCUGCAGUAGGUGUCGUCUGAGGGGUCACAGUGUGUCCAAACCCUUGGUAGUGA